AUGGUGUUUUUCUGUCAACGUUCAUCAUGGAUAUCCUUUAUCCUUUUAUUGGCAAUAAGCUUUGCAUCUUGCCUUGCUGAAGUGGACUCAUCAUCGCCAUUGAAGGGCUGGAACUUUGGAGAGCUUCCCAAGCAUACUCCUAUUCCUCCAUCUGGGCCUAGCAGAGGCAGCUCAGAUACUCCACCACCACCUCCAAGGCUAUUGCUUAAGGGUUGGAACUUUGGACACCUCCCUAAAUAUACUCCUCUUCCUCCAUCUGGGCCUAUAACACAUCAGACAAGUGCAGUUGGAAUUUCAAUGGCUGGAUUUCAUCGUGGCAAUGUCGUAGGCCUAAUGUUAACUCCAAUUAUGUUGCCAGCAAUUGGAUUUUCUGGCCCUUCUGUUCUCUUCCCGUCUCUAUGGCUAACAAGACGGGCGAAAGGGGUCACCAGUGAUCCAAGAGAUAGCCCUUUCGUUAGCAAAACAAAGCUGAGGUCAAUCCAAGCUGGUAAAACUGAUUCUCCAGCAAAUAAUAGUGGCCAGCUUCCUCCACUUACGUCUCCUAUUAUCAAACGCUCUAAAUUUCAGGGAUAUUUUGUUCUUCUAUCUUGGAUGCCUAUUUAUUUCAACACCGUAUUUAAUGUGAACUUGAAGCAAGCGGCAUGGUUUAGCGCUGUCCCAUGGGGAACAAUGGCGAUUUCUGGUUACAUUACAGCGGCAUAAUCCGAUUAGUUGAUCAAGGCUGGCUACUCUUUGACGUCAGUCCGAAAGAUCAUGCAGUCUAUUAGAUGCAUUGGACCUGGUGUUUCCUUGCUCUGCUUAAAUUAUGCCAAGACACCGGGCUCGGCUGUUCUAAUGACAAUAGCACUGAGCUUGAGCUCUCUCAGCCAAGCUGGCUUUCUUCUCAACAUGCAAGAUAUAGCACCUCAGUAUGCAGGAUUUCUCCAUGGAAUAGCAAGUUCAGCUGGAACAUUAGCAGCAAUAAUCAGCGCGAUUGGAACAGGUUAUUUUGUUCAGUGGUCAGGAUCUUCCCAGGCGUUCCUCAGAGUCACUGCAGGGCUCUAUUUCGUUACAGCCAUCUUUUGGAACUUGUUUGCUACAGGAGAGCGAGUUUUCAAGACUAGACUCGAGUGUAAGUGAAGUUUCCACUAUUCUGGAAACAGCUCAGGUCUAGAACUAGGAAUAAUAUCUAUGUAAAAGGGUGAAGAAUACGAGUUGAUGUAGGUUAAAAUCUUAAGUCAAAUCAAUCUAGGCAUGAAAUGUUUAGAAUGGAGGGAAUCGGUGGUGUACAGUCUGUUUACUGCGUGCAUUUAUGCAUUCCUUGUGUUCUUUAGUGGGUGGUUUUCACUUCGAUAUGUCCAUUAGAAUGAACUUGGACAAGGAAUUAGUGUACACAGUAUCAAACUAUAAGACAAAAUUGGUGUCAAGCAACAUAAAUAAUCGUCCUCGUAAC